AUGCCAACCUCCCUCACUCUACCACUCAGAGCACAAAGUGCUUAUUAUGAUUGCAGUCAACCAUGGAAAUCUCAGCCCUCCACACCACAGCAAAAACGAUACUCCCUAGCAAGUGGCCCUCCACUGGUCAAACACCAUUCAACACCCUCAGCAAACUGCUUGGCCAUUCAAUCUAGUACAGACACCUGCACGCAAUUUGAAACUCGUCUUCAGAUUUCAACACUAAGAGAGCCAUCAGCUCAAGAAAUCAAUAAAGGUGGUGCAUUUUUUACUAGGGCAAAGACAUGGAGUCCACAAUUCCCAGGCCUGGGCAAAGAAAGCAGAUGGCUACAGCUGUGGGGAACUGAGGUGUCCUACUCUGAGACACGACAAGACGUCCUACACAAACUCCAAGAUUACGUCAAUGGUGCCCCGAAUAUUGUCGCCCUCACAUUGUUCGAUAUCAAGGAAAAUGUACGCCACUCACCGCCAAAGGAGUCAUCAAGGACAUUUGAUACAUUGAAUGAGGUGGAGUUAGUAGUGCCAUUCCACAAGUGGAUUCACAAGUCCAACAAAUCAUUUCCUGGACCAGUCACCAUGUUUCGCCACAACUGGGUGUCUGCAGUUACAGUCACAGUCACUACGUGGCUCCAUCGCCCUACCAGACAACUCAAUCUGAAUGACCACGAUAAUGAGUUUUACCAAUAUGCGCUGGCAGCCGAGGACACUGCGGAGGAGUCUAGCAGUGACGAGUCUAGCAGUGACGGGUCUAGCAGUGACGGGUCCAACAGUGAUGAGUCCAACAGUGACGAUGGGUUGAAGCAGACCGGAUACGAUCAAUAUUCCUCUUGGCAUGAGGGUCUACUCAAACGCAAGGCACUGGAGAUGGAAAAUAUGUCGGGUGGUGGAUCAACCAAGAGGAGCAGGAAGUACUAUAACUGUUGUAGUACUACUGUACUAGUAGUAGUAGACUCGGACAGUGUCUGGCGAGUCCAUGUACUACUAUUCUUGUCUCUCUUACUUCACAUGUCUGUGGUAUAUGCCUUCAAUCACCCGUCGAAGGGGACAUCCAUCCAACGACAGGAAGAUGCGUUCAAAGAUCGCAGUUUAGAUAUUUCCGUGCUUCAGUCAAAGCGUCAUUUCCAGUCAUGA